AUGUCUUAUCCGACUUAAGUACCAUAGUUCUGCUCUGCUCUGGGGUUUUGGGGUUCUUGCUUAAUCUCAAACACAUCUUAGCUGCUACAUCUCCUGAAAUUGGGAACUCAAGAAUAUCCAUUCAGGUCAGUGAUAUCUCACUGUUUUCAUUCUUGGAUGGCAUAUAGCUAUUUUCUACAACUUCCAUGGAACAGACACGUAUAGCUUGUAAUUUGAAUUUCCUCGAAACUACAAGAAAGCCUUCAACUUUGAGAUUUUAAGCUGAAGCCCAACUCUGAAAUAUAGUUUCACUUCUUUCUUCUGGUUGGUUUUGUGUACUGGUUGAGCUUACGGAGAAAUGGCUCUGCAACAUAACAUGUGGUUAGCAGCACAUCUGUACCAACCACCAGUAAAGCAGAAAAGAUUCAUGUUAUCCAAUCCAUUUCCAUUUGAAAUUGAAUGUUAUCAAAAUGGUAGAACAAGUAACAUAGUUAUUAGUUGUGUCCCGCCACAGGGUGGGAAUGCUAGGACAAGGUCCAACCAACAAGGGUCAGGUAAUGGCUUUGAUGAGGAGGAGGAUGAACCUGCCCAUGGUACAAUCAACGAUAAUGAUCCAUAUUUGAUGGAUGCUGAAGAGAGACGUGAAUGGAGAAGAAAGAUUAGAGAAGUCAUUGAUAUGAACCCUGACAUUGAGGAGGAGGUUGACCCUGAUGAAAAGAUGAAGAAGAUGCAAAAGCUUUUGGAUAAAUACCCACUUGUUGUGGAGGAGGAAGAUCCCGACUGGCCUGAAGAUGCCGACGGCUGGGGUUUCAACUUGGGUCAGUUUUUUGACAAGAUCACCAUCAAGAACAAGCCCAGAAAGGAUGAUGAUGACGGUAAUUAUGACAGCGACAAUGAGGUUGUCUGGCAAGAUGAUAAUUAUAUCCGCCCCAUCAAAGACAUAACCGCUGCGGACUGGGAAGAGACUGUUUUCAAGGACAUCAGCCCUCUAGUUAUUAUUGUACAGAAUCGUUAUAAAAGGCCCAAGGAAAAUGAAAGGGUUCGAGAUGAACUGGAGAAGGCCGUGCACAUCAUAUGGAACUGUAGGCUACCUUCACCAAGAUGUGUUGCAGUUGAUGCCGUUGUAGAGCUUGAUUUGGUCUCUGCUCUUCAAGUGUCUGUCUUCCCUGAGGUUAUCUUCACAAAGGCUGGGAAGAUCUUAUAUCGUGAGAAAGCAAUUCGAAGUGCUGAUGAACUUUCAAAGAUAAUGGCAUUCUUUUAUUAUGGAGCCGCCAAGCCAGAAUAUUUGAAAACCAUUGGAGAUGUCCAGGAGGCAAUCCCAACUGUUCCUCUGAAUAUCCAACCUUGAUGGCAGUGGAUAUUCAUCGAAUAAAUGAAUUGUGUUCAUCAAAUAAAUGAACUGUCUUAAUGACAAUGAUUAUUUUACCUCUAGAGCACCUGUAGUUUACCCCCAGUCUACAGACGUGAUACUUUGAAAAGUUUGGUUUUGGAAUAUAUAAUGCCAUAGCUUGAUUUUUUGAGUAUAAUUGAGUUGAGCUUAGGUAAGCUCGAGCCGGCAUGCUUUGUUAAGAAGAUGAGUCUAUCAGCCAAAAGUUGCUUUCGAUAUGUGAUUUUCUGUACAUACCUAGACCUUUCCCUGUGAAUCUGUUUACUUCUCAUUAUGAUUUAUAGUUCUAGAUCUUAUUUUCUCAUUGCCAGUAUGUUAUGCGCUGAAACUUUACAAAGCGCAUAUAUAUAUAUAUAUAUUAUUUAAUUCCAA